AUGGCAGAACCCCGCGCUCGUGCUGCAAGGCACAAAGGACAGAUGAACUUUGCCAGCGACUUGCGAACUCUCCUAUCCGGUUACGGAGACCGCGAUGCUCAUCCCUACUGCGCUCCAGGCCCCUUACCCGAAACAGUCCGCGUGCUAGACGAAGUCGUCACCGACUUCAUCCUAGAAAUGUGCCACGAAGCCGCCUCCUAUGCCAGCUAUGCGCGCCGCCAAAAGAUCAAAGUCGACGAUUUCCGGUUUGCGCUGCGCCGUGACCCACACAAAUUGGGCCGUGUUCAGCAACUUUUGCAAAUGGAUCGAGAGCUUAAAGAUGCCCGGAAGAUUUUUGAUCAUGAUGAUGAUCAGGUUGGGACGGGGAGGAAGGUGGUUGAGGAGUUGGAUGGUAGUGUUGAUGGGACUGUUGCAACGGGUACGGGCAAAGGGAAGGGAUCUACUAAGGGGAAAGGGAAGCGAAAUGCUGGGAGACGGGGGUCCGAUGCCACGGAGGAAACAGCUACGAAGAAACGGAAAGUCGAGGCUUGA